AUGGAGUACGGGUAUCUGAGCGGUGCCAGCGGCGGGUUCGACAGCGGCUGCCUGGGCUCUGGAGGCGGUGAGCUGUCUUGGGGUGAGCUGGCGUCAUGUGGGCAGAUGUCGCAGGCCGCUUACCGCUACCAAGGGAUGCGCUACCAGCCACCACCGCCACAGUGCGCGCGUCCUCAGGAUGCUGCUAUGAGAAAUCAUCACAUAUUUCCGCCAGCUAUGAAUUUACAACCUGGUCUGCCUUAUAAAGUAUAUGGAGGACACGAAGGUUCCCUGACGGAGAAGCGAAAGCAGCGUAGAAUUAGGACCACAUUCACGUCAGCACAGCUCAAAGAAUUAGAAAGAGCAUUCCAAGAAACACACUACCCUGACAUUUACACGCGAGAGGAGAUAGCGAUGAAAAUAGAUUUAACAGAAGCUAGAGUACAGGUAUGGUUUCAAAAUCGGCGAGCAAAGUUUAGAAAACAGGAGCGUUUAGCUCAGCAGAAGGCGGGUGAGGCUCCAGUGAAGGCGGAGGGCAAGCGCGACAAGCCCGGCUCGCCCGCGAUCUCCCCGCACCCCGCGCCGCCUGCGCAGCCCGCGCACCACAGUCUGCCGCAUCUCUCACCGCCUGAUUUGAAACCUAUCACCUCUGCAGCUAACAAAUUAUGUGAGGAGCUAAACGGAGUCGGCGGUGGUUCUGAGCCUCCAGUCAGUGGAGUAGGGAGUGGCAAGUGGACGGGUGGUUGCGGACUCCUGCGCCAGCCAUCAGGCUUCCCAUUACUAGGGGUUGCGCCGCCCAACUACUUACUGUCUGACCACCUCGGCACACUCGCCAAAACAAACAACCAUCUUUUCUAAUGGUCACAAAUUUUCAACAACCUACCUGCCCAAGCGUACAAUGUGCAGCAGUUUGAAUAAGUCCGAUGUCGCAGCAACGUGUACGGGUAACGGGUGUAACGCGAGCUGUGCGAACAAGAGAGUAAAUUAGUGUAGUUGAAAGUCUACACUAA